AUGGGUAAACGCACUAUAGCGGCUGCUAUCGUAGAUGCCGACCAUUUGCAUCUACUCGAAACGCCGCCUAAACGCAUGAAACAUGCCUCGGUGGCCUCACCAACCGAGACCUCGCCGGUUAGUACCGAUUUGUCCUCGCCAAACGCCGCCAGUGCAAGUGAAUUCACCCUCAGCAAGGAGUUCGUUGACGGCACGAAGCUGAUGGAUCUAACGCUCAAACAAUGGCGUAUCGGUAAACCAAUUGGCAAGGGAAGCUUCGGUGAAAUCUUUCUCGCAUCUGAUAACAUCGAUGCACCCGUCACAGCCGAGAAUGCGAAGUAUGUCGUCAAAAUUGAACCCCAUUCAAACGGACCGCUGUUUGUGGAGAUUCACUGUCUACUCAACACCGCCAAACGGUCUGAUACCUGCCAGCUCCCGCCGGGUAUGCCGGAAUAUAUUGCGUCUGGGUCGCAUAUUUUCAAAGAUCAACGGUAUCGAUUUCUCAUCCUCAAACGCUACCACAGAGACUUGCAUACGAUUAUUAAAAACAAACGGGUCAAUCCGAAGAGCAUCCCGCUGAUCGCCUGCCAGAUUUUGGUUGUGCUGGAGCAUUUACACGACCAGGGCUACGUGCAUUCGGACAUAAAGGCUGAAAAUUUGAUGGUUGGUACAUUUGAAAAUAAGGUACAGGAGGAAGAGCACACGACCUUUCCUCAAAAUGGCUUUAGUGGCCACCAUCCGGACCGUUCGAAUGGAUUUGCACUGCCAGACGGGAUUAUUGGAACAAAACGUAGAAGAAAGGGUACAACGGAGCUUACCAUCAAUGGGCAUUGCGGGAAUCUGCAGGAAAACGGACUGUAUCUUCAUCAGGAGCAAGAAAUGUAUCGGGUGCGAAAUCUUCGCCCAUUAAAAUCGGUUACGUACAGAGAUAUAAGCGAUGAUGAAGACCGUGUCCGUGCAACUGAACGACCAAAACGCCGUGGUCGGAAGAAAAACGCCGACGAGACGUUUUCAAUUUCGAUUUCUCCGCGGCGAUCCGGUUACGAGGAGCUGAGGGCUGCCACGGAGGUAGCGCACUGGAAUGAACUUAAACGAGGUGGUGGAGGCGCAAGACAUUCACCUCAGAAGGCAUUCGGAGAGAGUCGGAUAGAACAAACGCCAGUAGAAGAUCGCAUACACCUGAUCGAUUUCGGCCUGGCGUCGAAGUUUGUAGAUUCGAGUGGCCAGCAUAGACCUUUCUGCAUGGACCAACGGCGAGCGCACGAUGGAACGCUCGAGUUCACCUCGCGGGAUGCCCACAUGGGCGCCCACGCGCGUCGCAGUGAUCUGGAGUGCCUCGGAUAUAAUCUUGUGUACUGGAGCCAAGGAUUUCUUCCCUGGAAAGAUGAGAAGUUGCUUAACCAACCAGAGCAAGUGCAUCGCAUGAAGGAGUAUUUCAUGACCGACGUGCGGGAGAUGUUGCAUUUGAUGUAUGGCGACAACUGUCCGGCGUAUUUGGGAGACUUUCUGUCGUAUGUGGGAAACCUUACGUACGACGAACGACCAGAUUACCAGUAUUGUAAAUCACUCUUUUACAAGGAGUUAAAGCGGCUGGGCUGUCCCGUAAGUCGAAAUCAACCUCUGAGGCUCGAUAUAACUGCGAUCGAACAAUUGAGCGAAACCCUGACUGCGCAGGAUGAAGCUGAAAUCACAAACAAGAUCAACCACGUCAAGUCGCUCAUGAAACUUGGAGCACUUUUUCCGCUCCGCGAGAGCACAUUGCACAGCAAAGCAACGAAGAACCUGCGAUCAAAACGUAGUGAUCAGCACGGAAGAAAUUCACAGGUUGCUGUCACCGUCACCGAUGGAGGAGUGGGAGCACCUGUGCAAGGUAGUACUCCUGCUGCAGCUCAGCAAACGCCUAAUGGAGUGGUAUCGACGAUUUGCACUAGGAGAAAAGAUAAGCAUCUUGCUUGUGAAGAAAUUUUUGCUACGGAUGCCGAUCAAAUCGCACGCGAGCGAAUCGAAAAGGAGUACGAGCGAGCAGAGCAGAUGGAAGAAACGGUCAUCCGAUAUACGGGUAAGCCGACAUACGCGAUUCAAGAAUUAUUGGAGCGUAAAAUACGGGGCCACAGCUUUGGAAACGGGUUGGAGUAUACGGAGAGCGAAGGAUACAUUAAGGGCUACACAAAGCCGAUGAUGGACAUACUCCGAAAACGGCAGUCACAGUUGUUCCGAGAAAUUGAGAUGUCUACCGUAAAGAGCGAGAAAACCAUCGACUUCGCUGCUGAAGAGAUUGCUAUGCAGCAGGAUGAAGAGGAUAAUGAGGACGAUGAAAAGCCGGAGGUGUCUGAGAAUGAAAGCUCAGAUAGCAUUGAAAGGAAGGUUAGGGUUUCAAAAUAUGAGCAUGAUGAAGAUUACCAGCAACAGGACGACGACGACGAAGAUAUGGAGGAACUGGACGACCAGGUCGCCUCUGAGGAAACUGAAGAAGAUGAGAUGGUGAGCGACGAAGAAGAUGAAGAUGAAAACAACGAUGAGAACGAAUUUGAUGAAGAGGAUGAGGAGCAGGAGGAAGAUGAAGAAGAGGAGGAAGUGGAAGACGAGGAGGAGGUGGUCGAAGAGGCAGACGCAGAAGAUCCAGAAACAGUGAUAAAAAGUGAGUAUCAGCCAAAAGGAUCUUAUCGAAUCAAAAGUCGCAAAAAAGAGGACACGGACAGUGACUUUAUAAAUGAUGGUGGCUGUGAAGAGGAAGAGGAGGAGUACGAACAGGAAGAACAUGAUAACAAUGUGCCGGUUGGAGAAGAUGCAGAGGAUGAAGCUGAUACCGACCAUUUCGGAGAGGAGGAAGACGAAGAGGAUCAGCAGGAUAGUGAUUUUAACGAUCAGGAGAGCACUGCAACUGAUACUGAGGAGGUCAUUCCCGUGAAACGACACGCUGGACGUCCUCCUGGAUCGCGAAACAAGGCUAAAAAAAUUAGUGCAUUUGGUGAUAGCGUGAAUGGCAGGAUAGCCAAGAGCAUCGCCAAGUCGCAAGAGUCAUACAGCUUCCAUGACAAUGACGUGCAAUCGCGAAGCAGAAAAACCAACGCCAGUGGUAAGAAACAGCGUGUGGGUCGUCGAAGAAAGCAUCACGUACUAGACGAUGGAGAUGGGGAUAACGCUCGACUGUUCGAGGAUUCGCUCGUCGUAGCGAAGCCGAGCAGCAAAGCGACAGACGGCGGUGUUAACUUACAGCAGCAUCAUCCUUAUAACAACAAUAAUCAUUGCAAUAGUAAAGCCUACUAUGGUGAUGUAGAUGAUUCUUCUCAUGAUAUGGCCCCGCCAGAUAUCGACGCAGAAGAAAAUUCGCAAAUUUUCGAUGGCAAUGAAUCCAGCAAGUACCGGUACAUGAAGCGGCGUAAGUCUGGCCUCCGGGAGCGCAUUCGCCCUACGGAUCGAGGGAACGAUUACGCAGACGAUAUGCAGCGGAAACGAAAAGCAGCCCUAAGGAAAAAACGUUUCCGUGAGUCGAUCGCUCAUCAAGAAGAAGCAAACGAGAUGGGGGAGCAUGAGCUGCCAUCGGCGCUGGAAGAUGACUACUCGUGCAGCAGUAGCGCCAGCAAUAGCCACUCUGUCGCGUCAUCCUGCAGUAGUAACCACAGCCGAUUGAUUUCGAACUCAUCCUCAACAAGGUCGUCAGAUAUCAUUUCAUCAACGGCAGGAAAGCGCCGGGGAAGAAAGCGAAAACAAGUCCCCGAAAUGUCCUCGCGUGAAAGUAGCCGCACGCGGCAACAGCGUCAUUACGCUAGUUCGGCCACCGGUUCUCGAAAGACUGCAACGGUCACCACAAUAGACGCCGGUCACACGAAUUCACGGUGGAGUCGCUCGAAUUCGAACAGCAGCCACUCAGCGGCCACCUCUCGUUCGUCUUCCGUUUCUGCCUCAAUGAACAGCGGUGGUGGUAGCGAUUAUGCUGGUCCACAACCACAGUUAGCUACUCUACCGGAGCAGAGCCAGGACUCAUUGGAGGAUGACGAUGGUGAUGAUACACGGGAUAUCGAUUACUCACCCAUUUCUACUCGUAGAAAACGCAAGGCACUUGCGCUAGAAUCGCAUGCCGAGGAAAUUUUUUCCGUUAGUGGUAGUGGACAUGGAGGCGUAUCCCGGAAAACUAAUGCCGUGACAAAUCGUAAAAGGAUCGACUCGAAAGGUGGGAUUGGUAAAGGGACAGGUUCGGCAUCGUCUUCAUCAGCCACCGCAACGAACGCCACGGGUCUGAAUCAGUCUAAUGAGUACGCAAGCAAUGCUGCUGUCCCACGGAGGAUAGAAGUUUCGCAUCCACCCGUGUCACGUGUGGCAGGAGCACUCAUCCAACAGCAGCAACGUGGCCGCCGUCCCCAACAUCACGUGGCGUAUCAAAACUACUACCAGGCGAACGAACGGCAUCAUCUCCCUUCGACGAUGCUGGUACGUACGUACAGUCGGGGAUAG